GAAAUACAACAAAAAUUGAGGGGCUUCGGCGGAAAAAGGCCAAAGCUAAUCUCCCCGACUUUUUAGGGUUUUCUCAUCCCCCGCCUCCCACCCACGCUUCACAUUUCUUCCAAUACCGUUGCAACCUACUCCGGCUGAGUUCUUCACUCCUACCCUCACCUCAUUGUUUCCACUGGAGAAUUUUGGACAAGUAUGGUCACCUGGAAGCUAUACUGCAUGUGUGUCUAGUUCAAAUGUCGUACUGGUGAAGUUCAUUAGUAGUUUACUUCACUUUAGGAGGAGAUGCUUGCCGGAUUAUUUUGGUUCCAUCAUGAACGGGCCCUUAUGUAGAAAUCAUUUGAACUGAAACUUGGUUUACUGAUUGCAAAUACUUGCUUAGACGGUACACGUCGGGAUCUUAUCAGCUGUCUGAGCAAAUGUGUAUUUCCCGAAUGAUGUAUUUUUGUGAAGUGAACUGAUUUUUCGGUUGGCUAUCAACUAGCUACGAAAACUUUAUCGAAGUAAGCUGGAUACAUCUUUUGUGAGGUUUAUAAAACAUAGCUAAGACGGGGGCCUUCUGUUGUGUGGCUGCAAGGCCACAUGGGUCUAAUGCAACUAAUGCAACCAGCAGGGAGUGGUCUGUGGGUCCAAACGAGCCCUACUGGCGAACUAAUACAAGCUUCUCACCUCCACCAUCAAGGUGGGAUUUCAGGUUCCAACCAGAAGGUGUAUCAUUUGGUUCUCAAGAUGGUAUUCAAUUGUAUGGUUCUUCUGCAUCGUCAACCAGCAGAGGAAGUAGGAGCUGGGUGAGAGGAAACCAUCUUUCUAAUCAUCAAUAUUCGACAUCUGAUGGUGUUGGGCCAUACUUUAGUAGUCCAUCUGACAUCUCUCCAGCCCGGCAGUGGACUCCUCCAGCAAUACAAGAAAUCAGAGUGGAUGAUUAUGGAGCUUCUUCAAGGAGAGUUUUGGGGCCAUUAUCCUUUUCACCAACUAUGGAGGGAACAUCAGCGGUUCAAGAUAGUGUGGGCUCUACUUCAUCCGCAUCAGACAGCAGUGAUUAUGAGCGGAUGGCAAAGUCACACUCCUCUCAUCGUAACUUAUCAAGUCACCGUUGCUUUACUAUGUCAAAAGCCAUUCAUCCCCUCUCCUUUCCAUCUGAAACACCUCCAAGAGAAGUUACUAACAACACAGUCGCCUCCUUUCCAGAGUUUGAUGCUUCCACGCUACGUAGAGAUACACAUCGCUUAAGCAGUGCUAGUGGCAGUAUUGAUUUCACCGAUUGUUCUGAGCCAUUGGAAUCUGAUUCUGUCAGUCGAUUGUGUAAUCAGGCAAGCACUUUUAAAUGCGGAUUGUGUGAGAGGUUUCUUUCACAGAGAUCCCCUUGGAGUUCUCGUCGGAUCGUGAAAAGCGGGGAUAUGCCAGUUGCAGGAGUACUUUCGUGUCGUCACGUUUUCCACGCAGAAUGUUUGGACCAAACAAUCCCUAAGGCACGCAAAAAUGACCCACCUUGUCCUAUCUGUAUGAGAUUAGAGGAGGAAAAUUUUCCAGAUCAGCGGGUAUAUUCCAAGCUAAGGAAUAAUUUCCCGAGACACAGGCAUUUUGGUGAAGAUGGGCCUUCCAGGCCCUGGGGUUGCACACAAGCGGGUGAUUGUAUUGAAGGGGCUUUGCAUGCUCCUUCUCGCAACACUAUGUUCUCACUCACCCGAAACCGUGUCAGAAAGAAUCUUUCUUCAAAGGGUACUUCAGGAAAGGAUUAUCCAGGGAAGUUGAGGAAAAUUGGGUCAUGUUCUUCACCUCAGCUGAUUGGAAGGUCUUUGGAGAUUGGACCAGUGGGGUCAUCGAAGAACAUAACAGACACUAGUCUGAAAUGAAUCAUAUGUAUGUAGCUUGGAUACUGGAAUUUUCUUGGGAAAUUGAAGUCGUCUGAUUUAUUCCUGUUCUCGAUUUAGCUGGUAAGGUAUUUGAUGAUCUAGAUUGGUUGUAAUGUUUAUCGUGUUGUAAUGUUUAAUUUAGCAGAAACCGUGGGUUGGAAUUUUCUGCCGCGCGAUAACUAUGCAUACUGCAUUUUCCCCGAGACUAAUUGGUUCUCUCUGUUGGCAAACAAAAGCAUGUAAAUGUUCAAUCCAAGGGCUAGAAGCCUGGAAUUUGAUAA